AUGGCGGUGACCGUUGCAAUGGCCUUGGAUGUGGAUCGGGAGGUGAAGAAGACUCUAGACGACGGGGAGAUGCUACGAGGCUUGCUAGGGCUCCCGACGGAAGGCGGAGGAGCAGGCGGAGGAGGAGGAAGGGGAGGGGGAGAAGGGACGGAUGUUCAGGAACGGAAAGAACAAUCUCUGGAGUUGAACGGGAAAGGAGCGCUUGCGCCGGAGAUUCACGCUUGUUUAGGUCGCCUUGAAGCGAGGUUUGGCGGGGGGAGGAUGGCGGUUGAGGCGAUUGAGCAGUGGGUGAAUUCCCAGGUGGAAAAUAAGGUGUCAGGAUUGGUGCCAAGUGGUGGAGAACGGUUGGACAAGGUGAGCGCCCCGACGGCUGUUGGUGUUGUUGACGGGGCGAGCGAAGCAGGCGAAGUAGAACGAGCUGUGAUCGCGGAAGCCGAGCACCUGGGGGAUGCGGCAGCUGUGUCAGCCACUGGCGAAAACUGGUUACCAGGUAAACCCGCGGGUUCGCUCGAGAAGCAGCAGGCGCAAUCGAAGGUCGCGCUUGCUCUUCGGGGCCUGGAGUCCUGGGUUGGUACUAACGGGGAUGCUUUUAAAGGAGCGCUGCUGCAGCUUUUGGAGAAGGAAGAGGCGCGGCUAGAGGGCGGGAUCCAACGGCUGGAAAUCGAUUCUGAGCGGAAGAUCUGCGAUCUGAGGGAGGAGAUGGAGCGAGCGGUGACUGGCGAGGGGAGGAAGCGGGAAGCUGAGCUGGACCGGAUGGUGAAUCUGCUUAUAACGGAGGCGGCGCACAGACAGCAACUGGAAGAGGAGAUCAAAGCCGUGCAAGAGCAGUGGGCGAGGAAACUCGAGGAGGCACGGGCGCAGCAGCAGGCGCAGCAGCUGGAAGAAAUGGCUAGGGUGAAGCGAGAGAUGGAAGAGAUGAGGGAGCAAUGGAAGGCGCAGCAGGCGCAAGCGAACGAGGCUUUAAGAGCAGAGAAGGAAGCGGUGAGGAAGCAGAUGGAGCAGAUGCGAGAUGAGUGGCGCGUGCAGCAGGCACAGGCAAACGAGGCUUUAAUUGGUCCUAUGGAGGAGAUACGCGAGGAGUGGAGAGCUGCGGGUCUGGGCGGCAGGGUGAAACGGCUGGAGGAGCGGUUGGACGGGGUUGAGAGCGGUGAGCAGGACAUGGAGAGCCGGAUUCUGCAGAAGGUGUCGGAAAUGCGCGUAGAGGCUGGGUUGGAGGUAGAUAGGGUAGAGAAGAUUAUCGGUGAGAAGGUGGAUGGGCUGAAACAGGAGCUGGAGGGGAAGAUUGAGGCGAAUCAGCAGAAGGUGGAGCAACUGGAGGAGCUUUGGAUGGGUGCGGAUGUGCCUGGUAUGGUUGCGCGGAUUGAAACGGGGGUGAAGUGUAACAAGGUUGUGAUUGAAGCGGUGGAUAGGCGCGUGAGGGAGCAGGCGGAGGGGCAGGAGAGGGUGAUGGAGGAGGCGGAGAGGAAAGUGAAGAGGGUUGAGGAGAAUGUGGGGGAGAGGGUGGGGAAGGUGGAGGAGAGUGUGAGGAAAUUGGAGGAGAGUGUGGGGGAGAGAGUGAGGAAGCUAGAGGAGAGUGUGGGAGAGAAGGUGAUGAAAUUAGAAGAGAGUUUGGAGGAGAGAGCAAAGAGGGUAGAGGAGAGUGUGAUGGCGGGAGUGAGGAAUCUGGAGGAGGUGGUUAAGGAGGUGGAGAGACUUGAAGAGAAGGGUGUGCAGGAGAGAGUGGGAGAGGUGGCAGGUAGUGUUGAGGAGCGAGUGAAAGAGAUUGAAGAGAAAUUGGAAGAGAGGGUGAAGAAGGUAGAGGAGAGUGUGGAGGAGCGAGUGAGAAAGGUAGAGGAGAGUGUGGGGGAGAGAGCGAGAAAGGUGGAGGAGAGUGUGGAGAAGGUGGGGGAAGCGGAGAGGGGUAUUGAGGAGGGGGUGAAAGAAUCAGAAUCGAGUGUGGAGGAGGGGAUAAGGAAAGUCCAAGUCAGUACGGAGGAGGGAGCUACACGAGUAGAGGGGAGUUUGGAGGAGCGAGUGGGGAGGCUGGAGGGGAGUGUGGAGGAGAGUGUGAGGGAGCUGAGGGAGAAGGUGGAGGAAGUCGGAAGGCAAGCUGCAGAGGUGGGAAGAGUGGUCCUGGAAAUCAGCAAGGCAGUUGCAGAGCAGGUACGAGUGGGGAGGCUGGAGGGCAGUGCGGAGGGGAGUGUGAGCGAGUUGAAAAGAGAGGUGGACGCAGUGGGAAGGCAAGCUGCAGAGGUGGGGAGGGUGGUGUUGGAAAUCAGCAAGGAGGUUGCAGAACAGGUGAAAUCGGUCAGGUUCGCAAAAUCCGGUUUAGGAAGCGACGGGGCGGAGCAGGGGAGUGGACUCCUGGAGCAUGUGGUUCUGAUUGGUCGAGAGGUGGCGAGUGUGGGAGCAGCAAUAGCUGCGGGUGUUAAGGAACAAGAGGGAAGGAAGGAGGAGGUUAAGUGCCUAGAGGAGGUGGUGCUGAUUGGUCAAGAAGUGGCUCGGGUGGCAGCAGAAAUUGCCAAGGGUGGGAAGGACCAGAUGCACGGAAUCAAAUCCGAGGAGGAGAUCAGAUCUUUGAUUGCAGCUGAGCUGGCAGCGGCUGGUGUGGAGCCGGCAGCAGCAGCUUUGAACGAAGCUUCCAAGAAGGUGGAGAACCUGCAAGAGCCAGCAGCAGCAGCUGCUUUGGACGAACCUUCCAAGAAGGUGGAGCACCUGCAGAAGCUCCUGGAAGAGCAACAGCAGAAGGCUGACGCGGCAGCCGCUGACGUGGCAUCCACAAUCCAACAACUGACUGACAAAAUAUCAGCGCUGGAGCUGAAGCAGGCGCAGACCACGUCAGCAGCAGCCUCAGCCGCGUCAGCAGCGUCAGCCGCGGUUGCAGUCACCCACGCUGCGUUCCCUCGUGCUGCAUCCGUAGGAGGAGGCGUAUUCACCUCCCCCGGAGGUCCUAAGACUAUCACAGCAGCAGCGGAGGCUGCAGCUGCGAUUGUGGCGGACAGGGGGUGGGUGCAGCAGCAGCUGGCGGAGCAGGAGGUACGGUUUGAGAGGCGCGUGCAGGGAAUGCAGCGGAUAGCGGAAUUUGGCGUCCAGCGGGUGGGACAGCUGGCGGUGCGAGCGGCAGAUUUUGACAGUAUGCUGAAGCAGGUGCAGGAGGUGAUGGCGGCGCUGGCUGCGCGGGUGCGGGGGGUGUUGGAGCAACAGGUUGGGAGAAACGCGGAAAUAGAGGCGCUGGUGGGGUGGAAAGCGCGCAUGGAGGGGGUUUUGGAGCAGCUGGUGGGAAGAAACGCGGAGAUUGAUGCGCUGGUGGCAAUGAAAGCGCGGAUGGAGGGGGUUUUGGCUCAGCAGGCGGGGUGGAAUGUUGCGUGUGUUGAUGCGAUGAUGAAGGAGGUGGGGGAGAAGGUGGGAGGGGACGCUCGCUGUGUGGAGGAGCUGCCACGCAGCAAGUCCCAGGAGCAGCAGGCGCCUUGCGAGUCAACUCAGCAAGAGCUGCAACUGCAGAUCACUCCUGAAACACCCCAGGACUUGACAGCGCAAGUGGAGGAGCUGCUACGUGCCCAGGCCCAGGAGCAGCAAGCGCAGCAAGCGCUGCAGCCGCAGAUCACUCCUGAAACACCCCAGGACUUGACAGCGCAAGUGGAGGAGCUGCUACGUGCCCAGGCUCAGGAGCAGCAAGCGCAGCAAGAGCUGCAGGCGCAGAGCACUCCUGAAACACCCCAGGACUUAUCGGCCCAAGUAGAGCAGCUGCGUGCCCAGGCCCAGGAGCAGCAGCCUUCUGACUCGCCUCAAGAGCUGCUGCCAGAGACCUCUCUUGAAACGCCCCAGGAUUUGACAGCACAAGUGGAGCAGCUGCGUGCCAAGGCCCAGGAGCAAGAAGAGCCUUCUCAGUCAACUCAGCAAGAGCUGCAACCGCAGUUCACUCCUGAAACACCCCAGGACUUGACAGUGCAAGUGGAGCAGCUGCUACGUGCCCAGGCCCAGGAGCAGCAAGCGCCUUCCCAGUCAACUGAUCAAGAGGUAGAACGGCAGAUCUCUCUUGAAACGCCUGAAGACAUAUCAGCCCAAGUGGAGGUACUGCGUGCCAAGGCCCAGGAACAGCAGGCACAGCUGCUGCAGCUGCAGCGGUCGCUCGAGGAGAACGCCAGGCAGCUGGCUCUUCUUGAAAGGGCGUGCCGAGAGAAGGAGAAAGAGCAAGAGAAAGCCGGUGCUGCUGCUGUGACUCGUGAGGUGGCAUCAGAGGAGCAGGCGAGGCAGGAGGGCCUGCUUGCGAAGGAAUAUCAGGAAGAAGCCAAUGCUGCUGUGACUCCUGAGUCGACUCUAGAGGAGCAGGCGAGGCAGGAGGGCUUGGUCGAAAGGGAGUGUCGGGAAAAAGCCGGUGCUGUUGUGACUGCUGAGUCGACUCCAGAGGAGCAGGCACGGCAAGUGGCUUUGAUUGAAAGGGCGUGCAAGGUGAUGGCAGAUGCUGCUGCGAUUUUUGAGUCUGCAGAGGUGUCUGCUAGGGGUUGUGAAGAGAGGGCGUGUCAGGAGAAAGGCAGUGUUGCAGUGACUCUUGAGUCGACUCCAGGGGAGCAAGCGAGGCAAGUGGCUGUGUUGGAGAGGGCCUGCAAGGUGAUGACAGAUGCUGCUGCAAUUUUUGAGUCUGGGGAGGUGUCUGCUAGGAGUUAUGACAAGAGGGCGUGUCAGGAGAAAGCCAAUGCUGUUGUGACUGUUGAGUCAACUUCUCCAGGGGAGCAGGCGAGGCAAGUGGCUGUGCUGGAAAAAGCGUGCAAGGUGAUGGCAGAUGCUGCUGCGGUAUUUGAGUCUACGGAGGUGACAGCUAGGGGUUGUGAAGAAAAGGCGUGUCAGGAGAAAUCCAAUGCUGCUGUGACUCUUGAGUCAGACGCUUCUGCAGUUAAUGAGUCGACCCAGACGUCGAUUAGUGCUUGUAACGAGAGCAGGGAGUGUAUGGCGAGAGUGGAUGCUCUGGAGUUGACUCAGAAGCAGCAUGCGCAGCAGCUAGCUGUGCUGGAGAGGGUGUGCAGAGAGAAAGCAGAGGCUGCUGCUGCAGCAGUAACUCUUGAGCUGACGCAGGAGCAGCACGCCAGGCAGUUGGCUGAGCUUGAGAGGGUGUGUAGGGAGAGGGCUGAUGCUGCUGCGGCUGUUGAGCUGGCUCAGGCGCAGCACGCUAGGCAACUGGCUGCGCUCGAAAGAAUCUGGCGGGAGAAAGCAAACGCGGCUGCAACUCUUGAGCUGACGCAGAGGCAGCAUGCCAGGCAAUUGGCUGAUCUGGAAAGGGUGUGCAGAGAGAGGGUGGAGAGUGAAGGUCGGAGAGAGGUGCAGCAGCAGCAGCAGCAGCAGCAGCAGCAGCAAGAGACUGCCGCGGUGGUGCCUCAAAAGGAAGAGCAGCAGCAGGAGCGUGCAUUGGCUGUGCAGGAGCUGAGAAGGAAGUGGGAGGGCAUGAAGGGUGCUGGUGGGAGCGCAGCAGGAGGAGCAACAGUGGGAGGAGCAGGCACAGGCACGGGCACAGGUACAAGAAUCGGCACAGCCACAGGAAGUGGGAGUGGAAAAGUGGCAGGGGUAGGAGGAGCAGGAGCAGGAACAGCAGAAGGAAAAGCGGAAGGAUCUGCAGCAGGAGCUGCAGGAGAAGCAGGUGCAGAGGCAGGAGACGAGAGGCAGUGUCAGGAGGGGCCCGAAUCGACUCCUGAUGAAGAGGCGACUGCUGCUAAGGAUGGAGGAGAAGCCGCUGUUGCAGACUCAACCACAGCGGCAGGAGCAGGAGCAGGAGCAGGAGCAGGAGAGGCAGGUGCGAAUGCGGGAGACGAGAAGCAGAACAAAGACUUCGAGCAAUUCCUCCUCCUAGCCCAGCUGCUCCCCCCUCCCAUCCUCUCCUCCAUCUCCGCCCUCCGCUUUGGCUCCUCAGACUCCUCCUGCAAGUCCCUCACUGCUUCCUCCCUCCGCCACGCCAUAGCUCUCCCCGGCUUGUCCGGCCUGCACCUGCGGGGAUGCACUGGGGUAACCACCGAGGGGGUGUUACAGAUUGGACGGUUGACUACCGUUCACUCGCUUGACCUGAGCUACACGCCUGUAGGGGACGCUGGGCUGAGGUGUCUCGAGCCUCUGGUGAUGCUGAGGGAGUUGGAUCUCAGCGAGUGUAACCUGGUAACCGAUGUGAGUGUACAGUGGAUAGUGAAGCUGAAGCGGCUAAGGAAAUUAGACCUGGGGGUGUGUCUGGGGAUUGGGGAGAGGGGGCUGGAGAGGGUGUGUCGCGAGAUGAGCUGGUUAGAGGAGUUAGGGCUUUCAGGGACGGCACUGAAUGAUAGAGUCCCUCUAACGUCUCUGCGCAAGCUCGACCUCUCCAACUGCGUGCGGGUGGGGGAGGAGGGGGUGCUCUGUGUGUGUGAGGGCAUGCCUUGGCUAGAAGAUCUCUGUCUUGACGGAUGCAAGCUGAGCGAUGCAGGCUUGGAGGCUAUAGGGCGGAUGAGCCGGCUGCGAGUGUUGGAUAUCUCUGGUGCUGCUGUCACUGACGCUGCUCUAGUGCAUCUUUCUCAGCUAAGCGCCGGCGGUGGUAGUGGUUCCCUUUCGUGUGGUGCUUCCACCAGUGCUAGUGGCACCGGUGACAGCAGCACAGACAGUACCACCAGCAGCACUAGCAUCACCAGCACCAGCACCAGCACGCCCCCUACCCCGGGCCUGCAGGAGCUUCGGAUGUGGCGGUGCCCGAACCUAACCUCCUCAGGCAUGGAACACAUCGGGCAAAUCCGGACCCUUCGUCGCCUCGAUCUCUCCCAGUGCCCCGUGGGGAACCUAGGUUUGGCCCACCUCCGCCCCCUAGCCUCCUCCCUCACUUCCCUCAACCUCUCCUGGUCGGGUGUGUCUGAUGAGGGGCUUUGCCAGCUGGCGGGGUACGAUUGGCUGGAGGAGCUACACCUGAGCGGCCCGAACGUGACCCCGCUCGGGCUGAGGCAGGUUCGGGGGCUGCCGAGGCUGAGGAAGGUUCGGCUGUGGUCCGUGACGAGUGAGGUGCUUGCUGCUGCUAGAGAUGUGCUGCUGGGGGUGGUGGUUUAUUGA